AUGACGUCAGCACUCGACGACGUGGAUUGUUGGCUUCAGAAGAAUUUUCGAAUCGUCGGAGCGUUCUCGAUUGAUACGAAAGGGGAUAAUGAGACGAUAUGUUACGGGAUAUCGACGAUCGAUGUGAAAGUCGGACAACUGAUUGUUGUGAUGAGCGAGGGACAGAGUGCACAGAAUUGCACGCCGUCGAUUUAUGGACCGAUUCCGAAUAUUUUGAAUAUAAAAAUGUUCAUCGACGGCACACGGAACUCAUCAACACGCCGCAUGGAACUCGCCUACCGUAACCCGGGCGGUCAUCUCGGCGUCCAAUUUGAAUUCCAUCGUCGUACGGUGAUUUCGAAGAUUCAGAAGACUGUCGAGCAUAUGCUUCGACUCAAUCGUUUGUCGUACGCCCCCCUGUCUCUGCAUCACUUUUUCACGCCUACAGUAUACCUGCCACCUGCCACGUGGCAAUAUCAGAAAAUGGAAGAAAAGAAUGGGAAGACGUCGGAUGAUGAUGGGGAUCAGUGGUCGAUAUCGUGGCUUCUUGUGUUGUCUGUCAUGCCAAUGAUAUUCUUUGGCGUCGUCGUUUCAUGCUAUAUUGUUAUUCAACCGCGCGGCGGUUUGACGUACACAGACGAGGAGAUUGACUUCACAAUACAAGAAGUGGAUAGUGCGAGUCGCGUCAACGUGCCCCAGCCGAUGAUGAUUCACUCUUUUAAAACGGCACCCAUAUUCUAUGCUCCUGGAGCCUCCACGUCUUCUAAAUCCACGACGUCAUCUGAAGAUCAUACGGCUGUGGAGCCCCAGCCGCCACCAGAAGUUGCUCCAAAAACUGCGAUUCCGUUGGAAAAAGAGCCGGAGCCCACUGUCGUGGUUCCAUCUGAAGAGAAGUCGACGCGGACGAUGCGGCUCCCAGUGGCUCCGCCCCCAACUUCAUCACCACCACCACCACCACCGUCGGGUCAUCAGAAUCCCAAUCUGACGACGACGACGUCGACGGCGGGAACGACGGAGACGUUAUCGUUGAGAACUGGAAGGGAUUGA